UUUAAAGUGAAAUCAAAAAUAAAAACUCAUUGGGGUUUUUUCAACAAGGCGUCACUACUUUUUUCUUUUCAACAUGCUAAAACCAAUUGGAUUUUUCAUUGAGUCGUAUGUGUUGACAUUUGAAAAGCUAGCGCACGGCACCAUACAAUUUUUCGAGUGCAUGGAGUGAUGCCUUCUAAUUAAUUUAUGUCAGGUUUUUUACACUUUUGUGACUGCACGUAAAUCGCAAAAAAAAAUGUUAUUAAAAAAAAAAACCUUUUUGCACCCUGCUUGUGCAUUUCUAUACAAACAUGGUCUAAAGAAUUUAUUUAAAUGUUGAUUCAUCAAAAAAAAAAAGAAAACAUAAAAGAGGCGAAAUGUUGAACAUUAACCCACACAUAGGUUUAGUCAUGAUUUACUGUGCGGUAUAAAAAAAAACUUUGACGUGCUGCAUUCGUCCAUAUAUCGUAAAGUGAAAAAUUCUUUUAAAGAAAUAGAAUAUGUACAAAAGACGUCAACGGUCAAGUCGCAAAUCACAUUUUAUGAAUACUCAGAAUAAUACGGAAAAUUCUCCUCUCGAUACACAAUGCUUGCAGUCACGGUUUUCAAUGAAUUUAAGAGUUGAUCACGCCACUUUUUUGGCGAAAAUUGAACAAGCACGGCAAGAUAAAAAUUUGCUGUUAUGUGUAGAAGAGAAUUGCCAAACACCGUUUGGUGGCCCAAUAAAGGAUCCAGUAGCAUGGGUUCAUUUACAGAAAUAUCUUUCUUUUCGUGGUAGGGGAGUUGAAGAAUCGAGUCACCAUUCCACUCCCUCAGUUAAAGAACUUCUCACUAGUGGUCACGAAGCUCUUGUUCGUUGCCAAACACCCCCCCCUGCUAAAGAUUUAUUUAUUGGUUUUUUUGAGAAUGAUCAGUAUAGUUGGUCAACGCAUGAAGCAUCUUCCACAACGCUUAGUGAGGAUGAAGAAUUCAUGGACACUUAUUCUCGUGAUGAUUGUACAAUGGGGGAUACUAUACAACAGGAUCUACACAAGAGCCCUCCUUAUAAGCGAGAGAAUACUUUGUAUAGAAAGGACGUUUCUUUAAUUUCUUCGCAACUACUAAAAGAAGGAUGUAACCAGCCUUGUUUGAAACCUAAAGCGGAAAAAGAAAAAAGUGGACUGAAAAAGAACGCCCCCAGACCUUGUCUAACUCCUCUUGAAUCGGUGCUAGAUAACCCGUCAAAAGUGGAAGGUAGUCAUGUGAAACCUUUGUUAUUUCAAUACUGUCAUGGAAUCAUGCAACCUUCACGUUACACCAAAGAAAUGACAUAUUAUGUUGUUAAAUUACAUGAAGAAUUAGAAAAUAUCUCCAAAGUACAGGAUGCUCGAGUACGCAUUCGUCAGCGUGAAUGUCAAUCACCCUUACUGAAUAUCGAACAGCAAGACUCCCAACAACAAAGUCAAAAUAUUCCUCACAGUUUUCAGCAUGGCUUGCAAAUAUGUUUGGAGAAUAUAUCUCUUCACACGACUAGCGUCGAAGAAGAAUCCUUUUUACUUCGCUACGCGUGGUAUCCACGUGGUUUAACUUUGAAAGACUCCAUGACCUUAGAAUUCCCUCUUCACCAUGCGUGGGAUAUCGGUAAAAGAGGUUGUGUAGCCAAGGUAACAAUAGUUCCAGAAAACCUUACUUGUGAAUGUUUUAAUGUGAAAACUCGUUUACGUUUUUUAGUGUUAAAUGGAACAAAUUUUAAAGAGUUUGUUACCUGUUAUGGACUCGCGAAAAAUUCAAACACAACUAGGACAAAUUUCAAAAAGACAAUAAACGUGAAUGAUAUGCGAGAUGCUAGUUGGAAUUUACCAUCUCGUCAAGUUCGAGUUUGUGUGCAAAACAGUGAAACGUCUUCUUUUUUAAUGAUAUUUCAUGGCCUAACCCUUCCAUUUUUUAGUGCUCUUCUAACCUUAAUUCGAUAUAUUGAAGCGUCGCGACAUAUUCAAAUGAUCAACCAUCGCCGAAUUUAUUUAGAAACAUUUGAUAGGGAGAUAUCUUAUGCGAAGUCGUUAAGAAACAUGCUUUUACAAACAAAAGCAAUGUUAUGGAGUCAUGUUGAAAAAAAAAAAAAAAUCUUUUAAAAAUAAAAAAAAAAAACAUGAAUUUUUAAAAUAAAUAAACAUUUUUUUUCGUUUGCUAGUUCCACGCAUUCCAUUUUUUUUUGGUAUUCCGUUGAAAGCAUCGAGGCUUUUAACAUUUUUUCAAAAUUAGAUCCGUUUUUUUUGUGCACAAAACCGUCGUGCCAUUAUUGUUGUAAGAAAGUUUAACCCCGUUUUUUUCCAUUUUUUCAUUAUGAAAAAAAAACAUUACAGCAUUUAUUUUUUGUUUCCAUGAACGCAUUUAUUAAAAACUGGAAACUUUCAGCUUCGUUGUAUCUUUAAUUUCUUGAACAAUAAUAUUAAACUAUUUCAGUGACUUUAACUCAACAAAAAGUCCUGGUAUGCUUUAUGGUUAAAAAAUAAUUUUCAUUUAUUUGACAAUUGCAAUUGAACGCAUAAUCGGAUUUCUUUCUAGAAUUUCAAACUUUUUAAACACAUUCAAGACAUCCUUUUUGCACAUUUACGAGUUAUUAAGUGGAUGCUUUUGAGAACAGAGAAAAGCAGGGACGCUCUUUGUAGUUGCUGAGUCAUGUUUUUUUUUUUUAAACUGAUG